UCGUCUGUGCUCCGCUAGUCUGUAUUGUCAGGACUUGGAAAGUGGCCGGGCGGGGGAGACAGGCAGCCAACGUCGGGCUUCAGGAAAGAUGGAAAUAAGUCGUCGUUUUCGUGUAUCUCUUUCUUACGCGCUCACAGCCGUUUUGUAAACGUACCGUAGAUUGUGUUUUGUACAUUUUAUCCGUUUUUGAAACCUUCACCUCCGCUAGCUAGCUUAGCAGCCCGCCACUGAUCCUGUCAGACUCUCAGGUACAGGAGAGGAGAGGAGGGGUCGGUGACAAAGGAAGGUGGCGAGGUAACGAUGAACCGCUUUCGAAAGUGGCUGUACAAGCCAAAGAGGACGGACCCCCAGCUCCUGGCCCAGUUCUACUACGCUGAUGAAGAGCUGAACCAGGUGGCCACUGAGCUGGACAGCCUUGACGGCAGGAAGGACCCUCAGAGAUGUACCCUGCUGGUAAACCAGUUCCGCUCCUGUCAGGACAAUGUGUUGAACAUUAUCAAUCAGAUCAUGGAUGAAUGUAUCCCCAACGACCGGGCCAACAGAGACUUCUGUGUCAAGUUCCCUGAGGAGAUUCGCCAUGACAACUUGGCAGGGCAGCUGUGGUUUGGGGCUGAGUGUUUGGCUGCUGGCUCCAUCAUCAUGAACAGGGAGAUAGAGAGUAUAGCUAUGAGACCUCUGGCUAAGGACCUCACUCGCAGCCUGGAGGAGGUGCGCAAUAUCACCAGAGACCAGGCCCUGAGAGACCUCAACUUGUACACAGACCGCAUGAAGGAUGCACUGCAACAUUUUGACAGCCUUUUUGCUGAGUUUGAACUCAGCUAUGUGUCAGCCAUGGUGCCUGUGAAGUCUCCCAAAGAAUACUAUGUACAGCAGGAUGUGAUUGUGCUCUUCUGUGAGACUGUGGAGAGGGCUCUGAAGCAGGGCUAUCUCACCCAAGACCUGAUCGAUGACUACGAACCUGCAUUGAUGUUUACAAUUCCCAGACUAGCCAUUGUGUGUGGGCUGGUUGUGUAUUCCGAGGGACCUCUCAACCUAGAUCGAAAAUCAGAGGACAUGUCUGAGCUUUUCAGGCCAUUUCGCACUUUAUUGAAGAAAAUCAGAGACCUGCUGCAGACCCUGACGGACAAGGAGUUGAUAAUGCUGGAGAGGAACCUCUGUAUCUCUCAGGAUGGGGAGAUAUCCACAGUCCAGGCAGAGGCCACAAACACUGUAUCAGCACUAGUCCAAGAGAAACACACAUCAUGCAGCCCUGCUAAUGACACCGCCAAGGUGGAAACUGAUGGGGAGCAGGAGCAUGUAGCCCUGCUUGUCUGUCCCAGCCAGAAAGAGGAGGUGGCAGAAGUGGAAAAAGGCUGGGAGGAGGUGGAAACCGAGAGAGGGGAAGAAGAGCAGGAGCAGGGUCUGCUGUGUGAGGAGGCAGAGGAGGCCGAGCUGGCCUGCUCUAUGCAGUAUGACGAGGAGGAACUGGAACAGCUCAACAUGAUGGUGUACCGUGUGGGAGACGAGAUGUCCACUCUGCUGUCGCCUCCCAGCCAAGGUCAGUCACCAGCACACAAUCCCAACAGAGGAGAGGCGGGAGGUGCUAGUGGGGCUUCCAGCACUGAAGCCUCUCCCCGCAGGGUCCUGGCAAGCAGGGUAAGGACAGGCAUUUAUGUAGAGGAGGAGGACCGGGUCUUCAUCAUGGAGGACCUGGAUGCAGCAGGAGACAGCAUCACCAGCAUCUCAAGAGAGGCCUGCAGUUCUGUUGCCUCACCUUCCAAAGCACCACAGUCUGCUCGUCCUGUGCAGCGCAAACCAGGUCCACAGUCGGACGCUGUUAGAAAUGGUUGGUACUCUGCCGAAGCCCCUUCAGAGCGGCCCUGUCCACAGCCACGCAGCCAGAACACACACUGUCCCAGUGCAAAGUGCCCCCCUUGUACCUCUGCCCCCGGCUCAGAAACUCUGCCUUACACCAACGGGUGGGAGAUGGGUUUAGAAGGGACUGCGUCUGAAACUGCGGAAGUCAUCGCCCAUCGUAUGGGUGGGAUGAAGCUGUCUGCCACAGUCAUCUUCAACCCUCACUCCCCCAGCUUGACAGAGCUGACUGUGGACAAGCUGCUACUGCCGCGGCCCGCUCCCUCUGAGAUUGAGCCCUGCGGCCCCCUUGUGGCCACUCACUGCCUGCUUAACUCCUGCGUCUGCUGUGGGAGCUGUGAGGAUGGCCACGAGGACACGAUCACCACAGAGACCCAAGGACUUGGGUUAGGCCUCGCUCUAGGACUAGACAAAAACUGUAAGACCCCGGCCACCAGCACUGUCAUCCAAUCCGCCGCUGCUUGUCGGCUGCCCCCACGAGGUCACGAGCCUCACAGUAAGGGGGACCUCUCCCAGCUGACUCCCCCUUCUUCCCGCUGCUCCACAGAGCCCCUGGAAGAGGAAGCAAACUCUCAGCUCUGUGAGAAGUGCCUGGUGGUGGGCCCGUGGCCAGGGCAUCACACUCAGGACUGUGGCUCCAGCGGAGGGGAUGAACCCUCCUCGUGCAACCAGCUGAGGACUGAAAAGAGGCAGCAGGCCAGUGGAGGCCAACUGAGGGACAAGGAGAUGGAUAAAGACAAGCAAGGAACUAAAAACCCCAAGAAGGACACCAAAGAGGAUCGCAGGAAGAGCUCCAGUUUUCAGAACUCUCCCCUCAGCUCUGUGUCAGGUAGUGACUGUGAGAGUGUGUCGGUCACCACAUGUAGUCUAUCGAGCAGUGCAUACACGCCCAGCCCUGUCAGCAGCAUCACUCCCAGCUCGGGGACGUCAGAAGACCUUGAUCAUCAGGAGAUCCAGCUGGCCCUGCAAGAUGCCAAGGCGGCCGCCAGGAACAAGAUCCGAUCACGCUUCCACAGCAGCAGCGACCUCAUCCACCGCCUCUUUGUUUGUAUAUCAGGUGUUGCUGAUCAGCUGCAGACCAACUAUGCGAGUGACCUUCGCAGCAUCCUCAAGACGCUAUUUGAAGUCAUGGCAACCAAGUGUGAGCUGGGAGACAAUGAUAAGCAAAAAAAAGGUCCUGUUCUGCGAAGUGCAGUGCUAGAGGACUGUGCUCUCUGUCAGGAGACAAGUUCCUCAUCGGAAUUGGCAGCCAAGGCCCGGGAGGGCCAGUUCGAAGAUCCUCCAGACUGGGUCCCAGAUGAGGCCUGCAACUCCUGCAUUGCCUGCAAGGCUCCGUUCACUGUCAUCCGCAGAAAACAUCACUGUAGGAGCUGUGGGAAGAUCUUCUGCUCUCGCUGCUCCUCCCAUUCGGCUCCAUUGCCCCGGUACGGCCAGGUGAAGCCUGUCAGGGUGUGCACACACUGCUACAUGUUUCAUGUCACACCCUUCUACAGCGACAAGGCCGGCAUCUGACCCCAGAAUAUCACUGAAAGCACACAGUCCGCCACAACAAGAGCAUAUGCAAUGGACAGAUCCAAGGCUGUGUAUAGCGAACGCCACACUGCACUGGUAAACCUCAACGGUUGUCAUUGUCCCUGCUACGCAAGGCACCAAAACACAUCUAUAGAUGAGGGAGUAGAGACCAAGUGAUGAUUCAACCUGUUUCUGUUGCUUCAGAGAUGCUGGUGCCUAAACGGGAACCAAAGGGUUGGAUUUCUGUUUCCAGCCAACAGACACACACACACACACACACACACACAUGAGAUUCACACAUGCCUGUCUGACUGUGGAGAUGCAAAAGGGGGAGAGUGAACAGGCUAUAGCAGAUUUUGAACUGGUGUUGUGCAGCACAUAAUGAGAACAGGCCACUUUGUUUGUUUUAUUGCUUUAGGUGUAAAUGAAAGGACUUGUGACAUAUUUUCCUAUGCUUUAGCGAGCUUCCUACAUCUGUGCCAGAGCUCCCACGGGACUCGGAUUACUCAAAAGAAUGUAAGUCAUGAUAACCAUGUAAAUAAGGAUAAUUCUGGUGAUAACUACACUACAAUGUCUUCGGUUAAUGGUUGCUAUUUAUAUGGGGGCUGGAAAGCAAUCUUCACCAGGCUACCAGUCCCAGCGACUCAAAAAUUAAUUACGGACAGCUUUUAUAUUGAGAUUCUUUCAUGCUUUUAAUGGCAAUGAAUGUGUAAUUCUGUAUCGGUUUGUGAAAUGAGGUCGGGAUUCCAACGACACUGACCUUUUGCCUCGUAAAGAUGAUUAUGGGCUGUGCCCAUUGCUUUUACAGUAACACUUGGCAUGUUAGUUUUCUCUGGGGACUCCACUGCACACUGAUGGAUAAAAGGGAUUCCUUAGUCAUGACUGUCAGGUCUGUAAUGCCCCCUAGUGGAGAGUUGACCUGUCUGUUCUCAGUGCUCAUCAGCACCUUGAUGUGCACAAUUAGUUUUGACCCAGAGGCCUUCUCAGGUGCUGGCCUACAGACUACAGGCCAGUUAUCGCCCAUUGGUUUUCUCUUCCUCACUCUUGUUAUAGUGCAAUAUUGUGACUACUAAUUGCAAUGGUCCCACACAUUUUAGUGGAGACGACCCUUUCCUAUUUAAAUUGUAGUUAUAGGCCAUUUCUAAAGAGCGGCACUACGCUGAUUUGUGUUUCCAUCUCUGGCUCUUGAGGUACUUUCACAGUGGAACAGAUAUUUUGUUCCCAGACUGACACCAUUUUGCACCCAACUUCCUCUCUGCUAUGAACUCUGCUUCCAUUGCAAUGACAAAGUAUCUUCCACACUCAUAAUACAUUACAGUUUGUACAUGUGAGUGGACUGAAGUGGCCGAUCUACAAAUAUGGACCUUUGAGCAACAAUAAUGUAAUAUCACAUUAUAUCCACUCUGCUCUGUCUUAAAGCAGUUUCUCAGGCAUUACAUAAUCAAAUCACUCACUACUGUUGGAUUAAUCUUAUUUUCGUCAAAGAACAUAAACACACUUUGAAAAGGUAUGUUUUUUUCUUUUAUAAAGAAUAAAAAUGAUGUAUGAAGCUAUAUUACUUUUAUGUAAAAAAAAAAAUACAAGAAAUCAUGCAGUAAUUAAAGGGUGGGAUAUCCUAUUAUUUUAGAGCUUGGUCUUAUUUUGUAAAAUUCCAGUACAUUUCCAUGAUAAGAGCUGUGUAAAAUAUUCAACAAACAAAUAAUGUUAUAUAGUUUUAAAUGCGAUGUAUAUUGAAAUAAAUUACU